CAAUGCUGUUUGUUAUCCUCUGGGGAACUGUCAAGUACCUUUAUGAAGAUGAGGGCUGCUGGACCAGAAACUAUAACAUGAAUUACUGGCUGAUCAUCAGACUGCCCAUCCUCAUCGCUAUCGGGGUAAAUUUCCUGAUCUUUAUCAGAGUUAUAUGCAUCAUCAUCUCCAAACUACAGGCUAAUUUGAUGUGCAAAACUGACAUAAAAUGCAGGCUGGCCAAGUCUACGUUGACUCUGAUCCCGCUGCUGGGGACCCAUGAAGUCAUCUUUGCCUUUAUUACCGAUGAGCAUGCCAGAGGGAUGCUGCGCUUUGUGAAGCUUUUUACUGAACUCUCCUUUGCUUCUUUUCAGGGGCUGAUGGUUGCAAUUCUCUACUGCUUCAUCAAUAAUGAGGUUCAGAUGGAGUUUAGGAAGAGCUGGGAGCGCUGGAGAUUGGAACAUUUGUAUGUCCAGAGAGACAGCAGUAUGAAACCUCUGAAGUGUCCAGCCAACAGCAUCAGCAGUGGAGGCACAGUAGGCAGUAGUGUCUACGCUGCCACUUGUCAGGCCACAUUCAGCUAAGAAUUCUGCAGGGGAAUCAGAC